AUGAACUAUGUUACUGGACCACUAAUCGUGGACCUCUUCCUCCUCGCCAUCCUGGCCAUUGGUAGACAAGAAGUCCACGAUGGUACAGUAGGAGCCGACAAUAUCGACCCGAUCAACAUCAUGGUCUUCUUCAUCACACUGGCCUACAUCGCCAUCUCCAUGGACUCCACAGGACUGAUCAGAUGGUUAGCCUACAAAGUACUGCAAAGUGGUGGGAGUAACGGCAAGCGACUGUAUCUCUACCUCUACACCUUCUUCUUCGCUUUGGCUAGCUUCAUAGGCAAUGAUCCGGUGAUCCUCUCCGGCACUCCAUUUCUGGCUUAUAUGACCAGAAUAUCUAAGAACAUCGAGAACCCGAAGGCCUGGAUCUAUACACAGUUUGCCUUGGCCAACAUUGCCUCCGCGAUUCUGGUCUCAUCGAACCCAACUAACCUGGUUCUGGCCGGGGCGUUCCAGAUCAAGUUCAUUGUCUACACCGCCAACAUCAUUGUGCCAGUCAUCGCGACCGUGAUCCUGCUAUGUCCCUUUUUGCUGUACUUCAUCUUCCGCAGCGAGGCUCUUAUACCUGCUUCUAUCCAGCUGUAUGAGCUUCCAGAGUUAGCGAAGAACAAGGCGCCAGUGAAUCCGAACAUUCCGAACGCUGAGACUGAGGCCAAUUCGUCAGGGGAAGGAGAAGACAUGGCAUUGCUGGAGGAGAUCUUAAAUCCUUAUCUCGAGAGACGUAGUGCUGUCUUUGGAGCGUGCAUAAUGACUGCCACGCUUGUUACUAUUCUGGCAGUCAACGCAGCCACACCGGUUCAGAACUCACAUCCUGUGUGGUGGGUCACUUUACCAGCAGCGGGAGUCAUGUUGUGCUGGGACGUCACUUGGGGCUGGCUACGGCGUGAUGAAAGUCGUACAGCGGCACGAGAGAGCCGGAAGCGGGCGGAGCAGACUCAAGAAGUGGGAGAGGAGGCAGGCGAGAAGACAUUGGAUGGGUCGCCAACGGUCUUAUCGGAGCGAUCCAAGGUCGGGAACGAUGUCACGGCUGCGGAUAGCGGCCGUAACCUGUCAGCAGAGUUGAGUCCAGCAGAGAGCGAAGAUCUCGAAAAGGCUGGAGCUCACACAAGUCGGGAUAUCCCUGGAUCUGAUGAACCAGCCACGCUCGAGUCCGUCACAAACAACGUCUGGAGGUGGUGUCGCGAAACCUUUCCCACCGCAACUACGGUGUUAAGCACCCUUCCACUCCCUCUCGUACCCUUCUCCCUAUGCAUGUUCGUCCUCGUCCAGUCGCUGGUAACACACGGCUGGGUCGCAGUCUUCGCCUACGGAUGGGACCACUGGAUUCAUGCUACUGGGACCGUUGGCGCCGUGGGCGGCAUGGCGUUCAUGUCGAUCAUCUUGUGCAACUUCGCAGGCACAAACAUAGGGACAAGCAUCCUCCUCUGCCGCGUUGUCCAGGCGUGGCUCGCCAUUCAUGAGCAGAAUGGCACAUCAAUCAGUCAGCGAACGUUCUGGGCAACAAUCUACAGCAUGACGAUGGGCCUCAACUACGGCGCGUUUAGUCUCGCCUUCUCUGCUUCGCUCGCUGGUCUACUAUGGCGGGAUAUACUGGCACGGAAGCACGUUUUCGUGCAUAGUCUAGAUUUCAUGAGGAUAAAUUUCAGCAUCAUUGCUUUCACGACGGUAGUGGGCUGUGCAGUACUGGUGGGGGAGAUGUAUAUCAUACGGCCGACAACGCCGUAUGUCUCGACAUGA